UGUUUUUUCCGAAAGAAUCUUCGUUUCGCCACAAGAAAAUCUUACACGGGCCGGGCCCUUCGGCGUAUACUACGAUCUCCUGACUCCUGCUCUUUCCGUUUCCAGUACCCAUUCACCCACUCUCUAGAACGUGGAACCCGUAAACUUCCUCUCUCUACCUAUACUUAUAUCCAUCCUGUAUGUAUGUUCUCUGAGGGUUCUGGAAGUUUCUGUAGAUCUUGAUGGAUAAACGGCAGAGUGCUCCGAUGAAGACUGAUGAAGCAAGCUCGUCAUCGGAUAGUCAAGAGUUGAAGUCUAGUAACGUUGUUGAUAGUGAUGGUGUUGGUGGUGGUGGUGAUGCUGCGCCAAUUUCCAGUUUAGGCAGUAAGAUUUCAGGGAGUGGAGGAGGGAAUUUUUCUAGAGUGAACACAACGCCUCCGAAAAUUUUGAGUUCUGAUAUAUUAGAGCCAGUUCCAAGUGAAUUCAACUUGGAAAGAUCGAUAACUGAGGGGCAGAGACAUAAUGUUAUACUUGCCGAAGACGCUGCACAAAUUUUUGAUGAAAAAAUUACUGACCAUCAAAAGCUCAAAUUAUUGAAGAGAAUAACUACUGUCAAACAUGAUGGAACUGUAGAAUUUGAAGUUUCGGGAGAUGUUGGACCCCAAACUGUAGGAACUGGUCAUGAUAGUGUACAUAGUGAACUUGAUGAAGAACCUCUUGAUACAACAGAGCUUCAACAUAUUCCUCCAUUGCAAAUUGUAAUGCUUAUUGUUGGAACUCGCGGGGAUGUUCAACCAUUUCUUGCAAUUGGCAAACGACUACAGGUACUAGCCUUUACCUCAGCCAUGAAGCUAUACAGCUACUUUGGGAUUCAUGGAAAGCAAAAAUCAGCUAGCCAUGACUUCUCACUAUUCCACUUCCUGCUGCUUGUCCUGAUAACAGUAGUUAUCCCAUACCUGUGUAGACAUUUCUCCCUGCACAAAAAAGAUGAGACAGAUCCAGUUGAGCAAAUAAACGAAAUUCAGAAGUAUGGCUUUGUGCCCAGGAAUUUGAAGGAUGUUGAACAGGCCUUUUUAGUUCUCAUUUCCUCUCAGCAAGAUUUCACAAAACUCUUCAUUACUGGAUGCUCCCUUUUUAGUUUAGCAAUUCCCCAUUCUCCAGGUGCCCAAAAUUCACAAAUCUGUGAGUUAAGCCUUGCAGAUGUGGAUAGCAGAACUGUUGCAGGGCAUACACAUGUUGCAGAGGCAUUGGAAGUACCAAUUCAUAUAUUUUUCACUAUGCCAUGGACGCCAACUAGUGAAUUUCCUCAUCCGUUGUCCCGUGUAAAGCAAUCAUCUGGAUAUAGACUAUCGUAUCAGAUUGUUGACUCAAUGAUUUGGCUAGGAAUACGGGACAUGGUAAACGAUCUCAGGAAAAAGAAGCUAAAGCUACGCCCUGUCUCAUAUUUGAGUGGUUCACAAGUGUCGGAGUCAGAUAUUCCACAUGGAUACAUUUGGAGUCCUCAUCUUGUUCCUAAACCAAAAGAUUGGGGAAAUAAGGUUGAUGUGGUUGGAUUUUGCUUCCUUGAUCUUGCAACAAAUUAUGAACCUCCCGAGUCACUUACAAACUGGCUUAAAGCUGGUCCAAAACCUAUCUAUAUUGGGUUUGGCAGUCUCCCUGUUCAAGACCCAGAGAAAAUGACACAAAUAAUUGUUCAGGCUUUAGAAAUAACUAAACAGAGAGGGAUCAUCAACAAAGGCUGGGGUGGACUUGGAAACUUGGAAGUACCAAAGGACUUCGUAUAUCUGCUGGAUAACUGCCCUCAUGAUUGGCUUUUCUUGCAAUGCGCUGCUGUGGUGCAUCAUGGUGGUGCUGGAACAACAGCCGCUGGUCUUAAGGCCGCGUGCCCAACGACAAUUGUCCCCUUUUUUGGUGACCAACCUUUUUGGGGAGAAAGAGUCCAUGCAAGAGGUGUAGGUCCUCGACCAAUACCUGUUGAUGAAUUUUCACUUCAGAAGUUGGUUGAUGCAAUUAGAUUCAUGCUGGAUCCCAAGGUCAAGGAGCAUGCAGUUGAACUUGCAAAGACAAUGAACAAUGAAGAUGGGAUUAAUGGAGCUGUGAAAGCAUUCUAUAAACAUCUUCCUCGCAGAAAACUUGAGCCUCAGCUAGAAUCUGCCCCGUCAAGUUUAUUUUCCAUACGUGGAUGCUUCGGCUGUUCCCAAAAUUUUGAAUGAAUCAGUUGACUACUUGUGAGCAUUCUUUAGGUUUGAUUGAUCAUUGAUAGAAAUGAACAAUCAUCCCAUGUCCUAUCAAGACUCCAUGACCUUUGUUUAUAGCCAGCAUAAUUCACACCGUUUCUUUCCCAAAAUUGUAUCAAAUUGGUGUGGCAUGAUUAUAUAAUAAGUGAGACUCUCACUUAAUGUACACAGAUUUCAUAUCUUUGUAAUUAAUUAUUUUUUCGUGUAGUCAUUAGCUUGUGAAAGUUUUCGUUUA